CUGUAUCACUUUGCUUUCCUUUGAAGCAAUCCACCAAUUCAAUCUAUAUGGUCAUCCUUAUUUUGUUUUGUUCUGUUCUAAACUUGUUUGAGUGGUACGAUGAUGAGGUCCAUAGCUUUUCUUGUAGCUCUUCUAAUUCACCCAUGUUUCUUCCCUUCGUCCGAUCUUGCAAACGCCACUCUUGACCCGAAUGAUUAUACGGCUCUGCAAGCAAUUCGGAACGGAUUGAAAGAUUUGCCCGGCUCCGAUUUCUUCGCUUCUUGGAAUUUUACAUCCGACCCCUGUAAUUUCGCCGGAGUCAACUGCGCCGGCGGGGAUAAGGUUCUUGGGUUGAGCCUCGGCGAGGACAGGGCCGGAUCGCCCGGCUUGACGGGUCGGAUUGACCGGGCGAUUGGGAAUUUAUCUGCUCUGUCUGCGUUCGCGGUGUUUCCCGGGAAGAUUUACGGUGCCCUGCCGGAGAGCCUCUCGCAGCUGAAGGGUCUCAGCUUUCUCGGGAUCACCGGAAAUUUCAUCUCCGGGAAUAUUCCGGCGUCUCUCGGUCAGCUCCAGAAUCUGAAGACGCUCGAUCUCAGCUUUAAUCAGCUCACCGGAACUAUUCCUCCUCAAAUCGGGGAAUUGCAGGCGCUGCAGGGCGUCUUUCUGAGCCGCAACCGUCUGUCCGGUUCGGUCCCCGUUUUCAUCUCGCAAAGCUUAAAACAGAUCAGACUCGACCGUAACGACCUUUCCGGUUCUCUCCCGCCCAAUGCUUUCCCUCCAUCCCUAGAGCGCCUCUCUUUGUCGUUGAACCGGCUGUCCGGUCCAAUCGGACCGGCCCUAACCGGUUUAACCAGACUGACCUACCUCGACCUUAGCUCCAACCGGUUCACCGGGGAAAUUCCACCGGCCAUUCUCUACUUCCCCAUCACCGAUCUCCAGCUCCAGAGAAAUCAAUUCUCCGGGAAGGUCUCGCCGGCGUCCGGUCAAGUGAAUAUCACCACCAUCGACCUCAGCCAUAACCAGUUGUACGGUAAUAUAUCUCCCAGCUUGUCCACCGUACAAAAUUUGUACGUCAACAGUAACCGCUUCACGGGGGUUGUCCCGGAUGAAUUCGUAACCCGGCUUUAUUCCGGCGAUAUACGCAUUCUAUACUUGCAACAUAACUUCUUGACCGGAAUCAAUAUGAAUCCGGUCGAGAAUCCAGUUGCGCCGAGCUCACUUUUGUGCUUGGUGUACAAUUGUAUGGUUCCGCCGGUCCGGUCAACUUGCCCCGCGAACGCCGGGCAGCAGAAGUCGAGGCCUACGAACCAGUGCAAAGGCUGGAAAACGAAGGGUUGAUGAGAGUGGGUACAUUUCGUUUUUUUGUAACAUAAAACAAAACUCAUGAAUGCAUGCAGGUGCAUGGUGGUGCUUUGCUCCUGUUCUUUAUAUGUCCAUAUUUGAGUUUUACUCCAUAUUUUUUUUAUACUGCUUCGGUUUCUAUAUAAAUUGUCUAUUUCAGUGCAUGAAAAAUGAAGAAACAAUAAGGUAAAUUUUUAUACUUCUUAGAAGAAACAAUAAGGUAAAUU